GGGGGACGAGCGAACCGUAGAGGAAGGAAAAGGCUGUGAAGUGGGCCAAACUUCCAUAUUUGUUCCAUGAAACUGAGCGCUAGCGUACUGUGCGUGCAUGACCGUUGGACGUAUGUGCAUUGUAACCCCAUACGUCGGUGUGCAUUGUUGUCUUGAUUGUUGGCUCCGGGUCAUCAAAUCUCCCUCAAAACGAGAAACCAGUAUCAUGGCUGAUGUAGUGACUAACCCGGCUGUUCCAUACAGUGGAAACAUCCCCGGUGGAUAUUCCUCCAACAAGACCAUUUACGUUCAAGGAUUUGUGCUGCCGCAGAGUAACAGGUUCCACGUGAACCUCCAGAGUGGUGAAGACAUCGCCUUCCACUUCAACCCCCGUUUUCAGGCGGGCCAGAAUCUCGUCGUCUGCAACACCAAGGUUGGCGGAAAAUGGGGGGCCGAGGAGCGCAGCCUCGACAACGUUCCCUUCGACCAAGGAAAGUCAUUUGAACUCGUCAUUCUGUGCGAGGGGAACGAGUUUAAGGUGUGUGUGAACGGCCGUCACUUUUUAGACUACAAGCACCGCGUGGACCUGCAUCAGAUAACAUCCGUCAACGUGGCUGGAGACGUCGCGAUUACCAGCAUUCGUUAUGACCCACCCUCCACAGAGGCCAAAGCUCUCCAAGAAGGUCCACAAGGGCAGCCAGGAAUACAAAUUAGUAACCCGUCGACUCCCUUCUGUGGCCCAAUAGGACCGUCUGGACUACAAUACGGCAAUAUGAUCACCAUGAAGCUGACUGUUAGCCCAGCUCCCAACAGGUUUGCUAUCAAUUUGAAUGGGGCUUACUACGGGCCCCAGCAGGAUGACAUUGCAUUCCACUUCAAUCCCCGUUUUGCUGAACGCACCAUCGUACGCAACUCGAAACGGAACGGGAAGUGGGGAGGCGAGGAAAGGGGUGGUGCAUUUCCAUUUGCACCCAGUGGCACGCACGAGGUUACCAUCUUGUGUAUGCGGAAGUGCCUGCGAGUGCAGGUUGAUGGGCAUCACGUGAUCGACUACAACCACCGCCAUGGCCCGCAGGGGGUCAAAUCCAUGAAUGUUGAUGGUGACGUCACCAUCCACGCUAUCAACAUUGACUAGUUAAAAGUCGCUCAAUGUUUCAGGAAAGCAAUGAGUCCAAAAUCGUAAUCAAGUUUGUAAGCAUUAUAACAUAGGAGUUGUAGUCAAGUUCUGAUUAAGUCAAGUGAUAAGCUUUUCAAAUGAACUGUAACUCAAAGCCCUCGAGAUCUUUUCUCAUGCCUGAGAUAACUAUCUUAUUACACAAAAAUACGAUCUUGAGAAAGGACACCCAAGCUAAAAAAAAGGAUCCCUGGUAAAUUGUUCUUAUAGUAAAAGACAUUCAUUGGAACUGUUGUUCAUCCCCUUAUGAACCAAUUUAUGAUUGGCUUUGGAUUUUACUCGAGGUCGGCAUGGGCGUCGAUCAGUGGGGGACCGGGGGGACAUGUCCCCCCCCCCCCACUUGUUAAAGUGGGGGGAUAUUACAUCGUUUGUCCCCCCCCCCCCACUUUUUUCGUCCCCGACUCAGAAUAACUGAUUCAAUGACUCCAAACUCGAAAAU